CACGCUAGCAUUGUAUACGGAGAGGUCGACCGCAGCAUUAGGGAUUUAACUAAAUAGUCUUUAUGGAGUUAAAUAUUAUACAUAUAUAAAGACAGUGUCACACCAAAGAGCUACUAAUGCACCCGUAAGGCUAUCAACAGUAUCAAAAUAAAGGUCAGGUAUGAUAAAUAUCCGUAGCUACUAGUUGUCAGAUAAGUGCCUGUUAGCUAGCAUUAACCCGUCGUGUUGUGUCCUGCUGGACCUCAAAAUGUCACUGAAGCUCCCGCUUAGUUUUGGGAACUUAUUCAGUCCGAAGAAGAUCCCUCCAAGGAAAUCAGCAUCGUUAUCAAGCCUUCAUACAUUAGAUCGUUCCACACGGGAAAUGGAGCUUGGCCUUCAAUAUGGACCGCCUGUGAUGAACAUUGGGGGACAGACUUUAAAAUUUGAAGAUGGCCAGUGGAUAACAGACUCUGGUGGAAAUGCAUCCGUAAAGGAAGUUGAGCGGCUCAAGAAAAGAAACAUACAGCUGGAGGAAGAAAACAAUAUUCUGAAAUUAAAGAUUGAAAUUCUUCUUGACAUGCUGACGGAGUCCACAGUGGAGUACCACCUAAAAGAGAAAGAAGUGGAGGGGAUCACGUCCGUGCAUUGAAGAAAUGACAAAUAUAUGAUGCCUUCCUCAUAGGAAUUAUAAAGUGGGAUUGUGUUCUGUUUAAAAAUAAUAAUACCUUUUUAAUUUGUGUAUAGCUAAUAAUGUCCAAAGGUUUAUCAAUCAGAAAGACUAAAUAUACAGAUUUUUUUUAAUUGCCUUAUUUUUUAUUGCGUAAGGUAUUUUAAAUAUUCAGCAUUUUUUACAUCGUACCUGUGUAGUAAACAGUUCUCUUCACAUUAAAGGGAAUUUUCUGUCACAAUUUAAGCAGCCGAGGGAUUUUAUUCACAUAUUUAUUUCCAGGAAUACCCAACACCUUAUUUACUAAACAGAUUCAGGUUAGUUUUAUGAAUACUGUGCAUCCGGAAAGCAUUCACAGCCCGAAUGCAGCUGAGAUAGGCUCCAGCACCCCCCGCGACCCCGAAAGGGACAAGCGGUAGAAAAUUGAUGGAUGGAAUAACUUAAUUGUUGCCCUCAAAAUUCUACAGACAAUACCCCAUAAUGACAUUGUGAUUUUUUUUUUUAUUUUUUUUUUGCAAAUGUAUUUAACAUAAAAAACACAUGUUUAAAGUAUCCACAGCCUUUGCUGAAUAUUUUGUU